CAACGAUUGAUACACUGCAGCCACAAAGAAUUUCAUCCAAACAAUUAUGUCUGUUUGUAGCAGUUUAGGAGUCUGAAGGCCCGGUUUGAAGAAUGCUGAUCAUGAGAUGUUCAGAUAUUUAGGAGCACACGGCUAACAAUGGACCGAAAACAUCAAGUCUUCAAAAAUAAAUAACUUUUAAAAACAGAAAUUUCUUACCUGAAAAUUUUGCGAGGAUACAUACAGGGACACGCAAUAUAUCUGUUAUUAGAAAGGUAUGAUUGUGAUGAAGGAUAAACAGCCUACAAAUAUCUUAGAAGGCUCAAUGUCUCUUAAAAGGGUUAAGAUUUUGGCUGUGGGUGAUUAUAAACAGGAUUUUUUUAAACUGACUAAUUCAAACAAGAUCAAGAGUUUACAGGAUUUAGAAGAGAGGAUUAAAAUCUGAAUACACGAUGUACUGUUAAGUGUGGAUUAGAGUUUUCUUCGAAAGUUUACAAACAUGGACCUAAACAUGACUGAUGUCCCUGAGACUGAGAUGGACUCGGUACAAAGCUUUCAAAAGCCUGUCCGGACAGGAGACAAGCCAUGUAAGUGUGAGAUCUGUGGUAAAGAGUUUAGCUACUUAUCCAAGCUUCAAAGACAUAACAGAACACACACAGGUGAGAAACCACACGGAUGUGAAAUUUGUGGCAAGAAAUUCAAGGAGCCUUCCCACUUACAAGGCCACCUCAGGACACACACCGGGGAAAAACCGUACAAAUGUGAUGUCUGCGGAAAGCAGUUUAAAGAGGCAUCUCAUCUCAAAAAACACCUUAGGACGCACAUGGAACAGAAGCCAUAUGCGUGUGAUUUCUGUGGUAAAGAGUUCAAAGAGGCGUGUCAAGUUCGGGAACACAUCAUGACCCACACAGGAGAGGCGUGUCAUACAUGUGACAUUUGUGGUAAAAACUUCAUCAAAGCGUAUGGUCUACGGAUUCACAUCAGAACACAUACGGGUGAGAAGCCAUACAAGUGUGAUGUCUGUGGGAAAGGAUUUAGUCAGGCUGCAAACCUACAGACACACAUCAGGACGCAUACGGGAGAGAAGCCUUAUAAAUGUGACGUCUGUGGGAAGGCGUUUAGCGACGCGUCGAGCCUACAAGUACAUGUAAGGAUACAUACCGGAGAGAGACCGUACAUUUGUGACGUUUGUAAUAAGAUGUUCACUGCUGCAUCCAGUUUACAAAGACACUUCCGGACUCACACAGGUGAGAGACCUUACAAGUGUGAGGUUUGUGGGAAGGGAUUCACCGCUGCAUCGAACCUGCGGACACACACCAGGACACACACAAGAGAGAAGCCAUACAAGUGUUACGUCUGUGGGAAGGCGUUUUGUAAGGGUGCAUACCUACAAACUCAUAUCAGAAUACACGCAGGGGAGAAUCCGUUUGAGUGUGAAGUGUGUGGCAAAGGUUUUACUCAAGCAGCUAAUCUACGGACUCAUAUCAGGAUACAUACCAGGGAGAAACCAGUAACAAUUGAGUGCGAGCCUGAGGACUCCAGCUUUUGUGUAGAGCAAUCUCCUCAGGAGUAGGAAAAGUAGCUAUAUAGGUCACUGUAAUCUCAGAAUGACCUACAUAUGUACAUGCCAACUUCAUAGCUGACAUAAAAAGUAGGUCACUGUAAUCUCAGAAUGACCUACAUAUGUACAUGCCAACUUCAUAGCUGACAUAAAAAGUAGGUCACUGUAAUCUCAGAAUGACCUACUUAUGUACAUGCCAACUUCAUAGCUGACAUAAAAAGUAGGUCACUGUAAUCUCAGAAUGACCUACUUUAAUGUUUUUAAAUGACUCUGCUAUAUAGCUAUAUAUAUAAAGUGAUAACAAUGUCCAGAUUGUAUACCCGGUAAGCUUUGUAAAUUUCCAUGUAUUUAUCAGAGAACAUUAUCAUGCCAGCUCAGUCAGGAAAUUCCUAUACAUAUAUAUAUACUUAAUGUUUCACUUUUGAUCAUGAUCAUGGAAAUGUUUUGAGAACAUAUAUAUAUAUAUGCUAUAUAGGAUGAAAUAACCUGCUAAUAAGUACCGGUACAUAUACUGUAUCAUUACCCAAUGGACCUAAUAUUUGGCCUGUAUAUCAUGCUGGGAUGCAGGGCUACCAAACUUUGUUCAAAAUGAUUUAUCUACGUUCAAGGUCCUAGGGAUCAAAUAUAUAGGACCCUGAUAUAUGGCCAAUAGUAUACUGGUAUAAAGGACUAGAUAAUUUAUUGGCAUGAAAUAAACGUUAACCUAGCCUAUGUAUAUAUAUAUACUCUGAUAUUUGAAUAAAGUCAACGGAGGGAUGUCACGGUUAGGGACCUGGGUUCACUCCUGUUCCAGACCCUCUCAUUAGAGGGAUGUCAGAGGUUGGGGACCUGGGCUGACUUCUAUUCCAGAGCUAGAGCAUCUCAUAAGAGGGAUGCCAGGGUUAGGGAGUUGGUGGUCAAGAUCCCUGCUCUAUAGCAUCAUAAAAUGUGUGUAUAGGAAAGCAGUGGUUAUAGUUAUGAAUUGUUAAAAUGUUGUCUCUCCUUUCGGAGCUGGACUCAAAAAUCAAUGAGAAUUUAUCUCUUCUAGGGACUGGAUCAAAAGGUUAAUGAAGCUUUAUUUCACCUAGGAGCUUGGCUCAAAUUUAAAGGAUGAAUUAUUUUCCCAUAGGGAAAAAAUUAGGGUUAUCUCCCCAGGGGCUGGACCCAAAUAUUACUGAGGAUAUCUCCUAGAAUGAAGGGGCAGGACCAAAAAUUAGGGUUAUCUCCCCUUGGGGCUGGACCUAAAAAUUAAUGAGGAUUUAUUUCUUGGGCUGUAGGGGGCAGGAAUAAUAAGGAUUAUCUCCCCAGGGUCUGGACCCAAAUAUUGAUGAGAAUAUCUCCUAGAAUGUAGGGGCAGGACCAAAAAUUAGGGUUAUCUCCCCUUGGGGCUGGACCUAAAAAUUAAUGAGGAUAUCUUCUAGAAUGUAGGGGCAGGGCCAAAAAUUAGGGUUAUCUCCCCUUGGGGCUGGACCUAAAAAUUAAUGAGGAUAUCUCCUAGAAUGUAGGGGCAGGGCCAAAAAAUAGGGUUAUCUCCCCUUGGGGCUGGACCUAAAAAUUAAUGAGGAUAUCUCCUAGAAUGUAGGGGUAGGACCAAAAAUUAGGGUUAUCUCCCCUUGGGGCUGGACCUAAAAUUGAAAUUUACGGAGGAAUGUUCUCCCCUUGUGACUUGAUCAUAAACAGUAUGUUAAAGGAGAAAUUAUAUUAUAUCCCUUGGUAGAUGUGCCAGAUUGUAAAAUUCUACACUGUAAUUUAUAGAUUCUAAAGGGACAUUGAACUCCCUUUUGAGUUACAUAUGUAAUUGGCAUUGUGUCUGACUCUCUAAUCUGGCCAAAAUGGUGAAUGGAGUGAAAUGGCAGGAACCUGGCUCAAAUUCCAAGCCUAUAUUCCAUAUAUAUACAUAUACAUAACUGUAUAUGUAUAUACGUACAUGACCAAUUAUAAUUAUCUAUUUCUAGUGAAACGCAUCCAGCGAAUAUCUGUUUGCUAGGAUCCAGUACCUAUAUUGGACCAUAUAUAUCGUUGUUAUUACUUACUAGACUCUAUAAGUAUGUGUGUGUGUACGUGUAUUAAAGUAUCAAGGUUACAUAGUAAUAACUCCCUUCAUUGCUAGAGCUACUCAUUAUAAUUAACAACCAUAUCAUGCAUGCAGGUUCACAUUCCACCAGAUAUGUCUACCUAGUGUAAUCUACUUACGUUUUCGAAUUUGUCAUCAAAACCUACUCAAUACUUAGCCAAUGUCUUGGUGAGCUUAUGUCUUUGUGUGAAGACUCAUUGGAAAGAUUGAACCUUUUCCUUACAUGUUUACAUUGAUAUAUGAUAAAUUGUGAUUCACAACCCAUUAAUAUAUAUAAACUUUUUUUUUUAAGAAAUCUUGUCCUGUUUUCUCUUCUCGGGAGUUAUUACUCUUGAUACAAUAAUACAUGUAUAUAUACAUUGGUUUGGUAUGCAAAGUCCCUGUUGGCCAUAAUCUGAAAGGAACAAGAUAUCUCUCUUUCUGGCCAUAGUAGGUCCCAACAUUAGAUCGGGGUGGUUAUCUCCCCUGAGGCUUGCCUAAAUGACAGAAGGAAGGAUGGAAUUUUGGCUGCCGCUGGGUUCAAUAGGUUAGUGAUAACUGUACCCUUGCUAGGAGUAAGACUCAAAAAUGGGUGUUAAAUCAUUAGCAAACAUUCUGCCCCAUUUAGUAUUUCUCACUGGUAAAAUCUCCACUACUUUAUGAUGUAAUGUAAGGUUUAUUAAAUUGAUGUAUUUUACGUGUAUAAAUGUUAGUAAAACAUUCCCAGUGAUCUAUAAUUUAUCUGAUAUAGAAGUAAUUGUGAUAAAGAUAUAUCAUAAUUGCUGGCUAGAUGCUGACUGAAUUAGUUUGAAAUGAUGAAGGAAUUAUUUCUAGUAUUUUUUUUCUGAUUAAUAGGUCGAUGACGACCAUCAUUUUGAUUUUUUUUUUUUCAUACCAUGAAGAUAUACUGAAAAAAAGCUCUAAUGUGAAUCAUCUAUCUGCCAUACGUGUUGAAAAUAUCAUUAAAACUACUUUAACCAUACCAAUAAAGUAGAAACUGUUA